UAACCAUGCCUAUGCCUUAUGCUUUGUCUCUGAUUGAUUGCUUCACCCAUAUAUUUCAUGUCGGCUUGUUCACAUAAAGCAACCCAAGAAAAGCAAAACAAAAUUAAAAUUAAAUUAAAUAAAAAAUAAAAGCUGUCUUCCUUUUUCUCAGUUCCUCUGAUUUUCCGGCGACAAGUCAGUUUUCUCAACUUUGGUCUCUUCACUACUCUCUCUGCCACCUUAAUCCUCUCAAAAAACAUAACUCUUUUUUUCUUUUGCUCCUCUUAUUCUCUGCUGCUUUUCCAUUUUGAAUGAUGAAUAUGGUGCUUUCAAGGUUUUGGGAUGGUUUUUGAACACCAUCAUCAGCUUCAGUUGUAUUCAAUGCUAUAUGUUGAUAUGGGCACAAAGUUUGGUUUGUGAUUCAACACUGAAAUGUUUCUGAGCUGGGGUCCUCUGGAUUUUCAAGCUAAGUUGGCAGAUUGAAGAAAGUGGAACAAGUCUUCAUGGUGUUGGAUUUGGAAACUUUUUGUGUUGUCUUGAUUUGGAGUUGAAAACAAUAAUUACUUCCAUUUUGGGGGGGCUUCAAAAAGGGGGUGUUUUCUUCAUCUUCUGCUGUUGGUUUGGGCAAUGAGUUGGAGUUAAGGGUUGUGGGAAUUAGAAAAGAAAACAAAGGACUUUGGUAAACAAGAUUGAAUCUUGUUGCUAGUAAAAAAGGCCAAAAAGUGUUGAACUUGUUCAUAUAUAAGGUUGCAAUGAAGGCUCCUUCCAAUGGUUUCUUGCCUAAUUCUGGCGAAGGAGAAAAGAAAACAAUCAAUUCAGAGUUAUGGCAUGCUUGUGCUGGACCAUUGGUUUCUUUACCUCCUAUUGGAAGUCUUGUGGUUUAUUUCCCUCAAGGACACAGCGAACAAGUUGCAGCAUCCAUGCAAAAGGAGGCCGACUUCGUACCAAGUUACCCGAACCUUCCAUCCAAGUUGAUUUGCAUGCUUCACAAUGUUGUCCUUCAUGCUGAUCCUGAAACUGACGAGGUUUAUGCUCAAAUGACCCUUCAACCUGUAAAUAAAUAUGAUAAGGAAGCAAUACUGGCAUCCGACAUGGGUCUCAAGCAAAACCAGCAGCCUACUGAAUUCUUUUGCAAAACUCUCACAGCUAGUGACACAAGCACUCAUGGUGGAUUUUCUGUGCCUCGUCGAGCAGCGGAAAAAAUAUUCCCACCUCUGGACUUUUCGAUGCAACCUCCGGCUCAGGAGAUUGUUGCGAAGGAUUUGCACGAUAGUACAUGGACAUUUAGGCAUAUUUAUCGCGGACAACCAAAGAGGCACUUGUUGACUACCGGAUGGAGUGUCUUUGUUAGCACGAAAAGGCUAUUUGCUGGAGAUUCUGUUCUUUUCAUUAGAGAUGAAAAACAGCAACUUCUUUUAGGUAUAAAGCGCGCUAAUAGGCAGCAGCCGGCACUCUCUUCAUCGGUAAUAUCCAGUGACAGCAUGCACAUUGGCAUUCUUGCUGCUGCAGCCCAUGCUGCUUCAAAUAACAGCCCUUUUACCAUAUUUUAUAACCCAAGGGCAAGCCCCUCGGAAUUUGUGAUUCCGUUGGCCAAGUACAACAAGGCCAUGUACACUCAAGUUUCUCUUGGUAUGAGAUUUAGAAUGAUGUUUGAGACUGAGGAGUCUGGAGUACGCAGAUAUAUGGGUACAAUCACCGGCGUUAGUGACUUGGAUCCGGUCCGAUGGAAAAACUCACAGUGGCGCAAUCUUCAGGUUGGUUGGGAUGAAUCAACAGCUGGGGAGCGCCCAAGCAGAGUUUCGAUCUGGGAUGUUGAACCAGUAGUUACUCCUUUCUACUUUACGAUUUUGCAAGACGAGUCUGACAUAGAAAAUGCUUUUAAGAGAGCUAUGCCCUGGCUUGGAGAUGAACUUGGCAUGAAGGAUGCUUCAAGCUCAAUCUUUCCUGGUUUGAGUUUAGUGCAAUGGAUGAGCAUGCAGCAGCAGAACAAUCAAUUUGCCGCCACCCAAUCCGGAUUUUUCCCGCCAUCUAUGCUUUCAUCCAAUACCCUCCAUGGCAACCUUAACAGUAAUGAUCAAUCCAAGAUAUUGAACUUCCAAGCCCCGGUCCUCUCUGCACCAAAUCUUCAAUUCAACAAAUCUAAUCUACCCAACCAAGUCAACCAACUGCAGCAAUCUAUGACAUCAUGGCCCCAACAGCUGCAGCAGCCACAGCAGCAGCAGCAGCAGCAGAAGCUGCAUUCAUUGUUGCAAUCGCCAGUAAACCAGCUUCAGCCACAACAGCAGCAGCAACAGAGGCAACAGCAGCUGCCAGAGCCACAAAACUUGUCGCAGUCACAGCAACAACAGCCCCAACUGCCUCAACAGAGAACACAGCAGCUGCAACAACCACAGCAGCAGCCGCCUCCACCACAGCAACACCAACCUCAACAGUCAUGUCAACAGCCAAUUAUGAAUAAUCGGGUAGUUACUUCUAAUCAAUGUGUUCAAGUUCAACAACCGGUAGCCUAUUCUCAGCUUCAGCAACAGCAGUUAGUCUCCGGAAGCAUGCCGACACAACAAAGUAUCCAACCUGCCAACAAGAAUGCAAUGCUAAUGACAUCCUUGCCAUUAGACUCGCAAUUUCAGCAAUCGAUAGAUCAGCAAACUAGUCUCUUACAGAGGCAGCAGCAACAACCGACACAGUUGCAACAAUCUCCAUUGCAGUUUUUGCAACAAAGCACGUCGCAGAGGGCAUUGCAGCAACUUCAAGGGACUCAAAUGUCACAGCAAAACCCCUCAGAGCAACAGUUACAGUUACAGCUGCUGCAGAAACUGCAACAGCAGCAGCAGCAGCAGCAACAGCAACUUAUUUCAACAUCUAGUCCACUUUUGCAGUCACAGCUUCUGCAGCAAAAAAAUACUCAUCUGGCAAACCAGCAACUACCACAGCUGCCUCAAUCGCAGCAUCAACCUCAACAGCUCGGAAAUAAUUCAUUCCCAAUGGAGAAGCUUCUCAACAGCAACAGCUUCUCUUCUUCGUCUCUAAUGCAAUCGCAACAGCUUUCGGUGAACCAACCAACCCUGAAUGCACAGAAAUCAGUUAUAACUAGUAGAGCUCCUUCUAGUCUUACCGAUGUAGACGUGCCAUCAUGCUCGACUUCACCGUCUACUAAUACCUGCCAGAUAUCUCCACCAAAUCUCAUGAAAAGAAAUCAACAAGCACCAACCACAUUCGGGGGGAUUUCGGUAGUUGAGCCGACUAAUAAUUUGGUGCAAGAGCUUCAUAAUAAGUCUGAUAUGCCGAUAAAACAUGAAUUAUCCGGCAUAAAAGGCCCUGACCAGCUUAAGUAUAAAGGUACAAUCAGUGAUCAGCUGGAAGCUUCUUCGUCCGGAACAUCUUACUGUAUUGAUCCGGGUAGCAUCCACCAGAACUUCCAACUUCCAAACUUCUGCAUGGAUGGUGAUGUUCAAUCGCAUCCUAGACAAAAUCUACCAUUUGCCUCCAAUCUUGAUGGACUAGCAGCGGAUACCAUGCUCUCAAGAGGUUAUGACUCUCAAAAAGAUCUUCAAAACUUGCUGGCUAACUAUGGCGGUGCUCCAAGAGACAUCGAAACAGAGCUGUCCACUGCCGCCAUCAGCUCGCAGUCAUUUGGGGUGCCGAACAUGCCUUUCAAGCCUGGUUGCUCAAGUGAUAUUCCCAUGAACGAUGCUGGGGUUUUGAAUAAUGGCUUAUGGGCUAACCAGACUCAGAGAAUGCGAACAUAUACCAAGGUUCAAAAAUGUGGUUCUGUUGGAAGAUGUAUCGACGUCACGCGAUACAAAGGAUAUGAUGAACUCCGCCACGAUUUGGCUCGAAUGUUCGGGAUUGAAGGGCAGCUAGAAGAUCCUCAAAGGACCGAGUGGAAACUAGUAUAUGUGGAUCAUGAGAAUGACAUUCUUCUUGUUGGUGAUGACCCGUGGGAAGAAUUCGUAAGCUGUGUUCAGAGCAUAAAGAUAUUGUCGUCCGCCGAGGUGCAACAAAUGAGUUUGGAUGGGGAUCUAGGCCAAGUUCCAAUCCCUAAUCAAGCAUGUAGUGGCACGGAAGGUGGCAAUGCAUGGAGGGGACAGUACGACGAUAACUCUGCCGCCUCAUUUAAUCGAUAAGGAUGUCAAGUAUGACAUUUUUGAACCAGCCAACAUGUAUAUUUUCAGAGAUGGAGGACUAACUUAACCCUUAAAAUUUCUUCUUGGUGCUUUCCAUAGGUCACAGAUUGAGACAUAAUUCACUUCUAAAAGAUGCUGUUGAUAGCAUACUAUAGAAGUUUAGAUACUUAGAUUAAUGUUAGAGAUCCUUCCUUUGAAUAUGCCAUUGUUGUGAGUGCUAAUGAAAUAGUGCUUGGUUAGAAUUCUUUUUCUUUUCCCCCCUCUGGUCUCAAAUUUGUAUUUUAUUUUAUUUUAAUUUUUUUUGUCAAAGGUUCAGGCAUAUAGGUUUGCUGGUGUAUAAUGUGACGGUUUCUUAUAUAAAGAUUUUUAUAUUUUAUUUUUA